CUUUAACUUAGAGUUAAAAUUUAAAUCAAAUAAAAAUCAUUAUUUUGCUGGGUGUCCUUGAAACAAUAUGAUUUAUCAUAAAUUAAGAUUUAAUCAUCUUAAACUUAAAUUUCCAUUCUCAUCCAUCAUAUUUUUCUGGAUAUUAUUAUAAGGUUUUUGCAAAUGCAUGUAUUUUUCCGUUAUUCAUGCACACUGCACAUAUAUAUAUAUUAUUUAAAUGUAUUUAUUUUUUUCAGAAAAUGAUACUAAAUAAAGCAUGAUGUCGAAAAGGAAUUUGACCCAAGUCUGAAGAUGGCGGGCGAGCUGGUCAAGUACACGAGUACGGCUACUGUACCAGUUACUGAGGAUGAGGCAGCGGCUGCAACCGCGGCGGUCCGGGAGAUGCUCGGGCCAGGACAGAAGGUUGUGAGUGUGGAGAAGAACGUGUGUAUCCGGGAGGAAGAGGUUCUUCUCGUCAAUGGUACACCCAUCACUUUGGAGGGGGAGGAGGGGAAGGCGAUCAAGGAUUGUUUGCUGACAGGGAUAAUACCUAAUCAGGAUCUUAUUAACCAUCUACUCUUGAAGGCUGGUCUUCUUCAGAAACCUGUCAAAGUGAAAACAGAGCUAAGCGUUAAAACCUCCAACACUCAAGCAGAGAACGUCUUUCUGCAUAAAAACGGGAAAAUCCUGGACGAAAAUUGCAGCGAAAAAACGGAAAUUAACGAAUAUUCGUCGCGAACGGAGGAGGAAUGGUUGCCGAUAUCGACGGACGAGCCGACGGAGACCGGUAAAUUGUUGCGGGACCGGCUGAAGUCGGCAGACUCAGAUUGUGUUCAUGAUCGGCUGGAGAAUCUGUGUCGCCAGAGGGCAGCAACUUCACAGUUAAGUGAUGGAUCCCGUGUUCCUGGUUUAUGCUGGAAGGAUGGAAUUGUUGUUUCUGGAACGUUAGAGGAUCUUAUACAUAAUCUUGUUCCAAGAGCUCACGCGACUCCUCCUGACUCAUUUUCCUUCUCCUUCCUUCUCUCCUCAAGACUUUUCCUCACUCCUUCUCAGCUCUUAGGAGAGGUUUGCAGAGGUUUGCAGGUAAAUCAAUUUCCUCACUUCUUCUUAGCUCUUUGGAGAGGUUUGCAGGUAACUCAGUUUCCUCACUUCUUCUUAGCUCUUAGGAGAGUUUUGCAGGUAAAUCAGUUUCCUCACUCCUACUCAGCUCUUAGGGGAGGUUUGCAGGUAAAUCAGUUUUCUCACUUCUUCUUAGCUCCAGGAGAGGUUUGCAGGCGAGCAGAGCAGCUUUCCCAUAUGAUGUCACGUGACUCAAUUCCUUCCUUUGUAUCUAAUCUAGUCAAAAUUCUUUCCAAUUGGAUUACAUGGUUUCCUUAUGAUUUCCAGGAGGAAUCUAUGAGAACCCGUGUACGAAAAUUGUCCCAGUUAUGUACCUCCCUUGAUCCAACUGUACAGACCAGAUUGACUCAGUUAUUACAAUCCUUGUUAAAGCACUUAACUGCAGUGGAAAAACAUAAGCAAUAUGUGUGCAAAGUUCGGAAAAUUCAAACAGACGGAGAGAGAAAUGGAUUACUUGUAGAUCUGUCACAGGUCUCCUUGAACGCAUGCACAGUAGCUGAGCAGUUGACCCAUAUAGAGCUUCAGUACCUGUCUUUCAUCGGACCUGAUGAAUUCGUCAACGCCUUCGCCAGGGAGGUCAUUGGACCAGCUUCCACUGAAGGUAAACUUGAUGUGAGUGUGCAUGAGCUCCAACCUGAAGCUGUUGAAGCCCGUCUUCGGGCGGGGAAAAAGACUCCAAAUCUUGAGUCGUAUAUAUCCUGGUUUAACCGGUUAUCCCAGUUGACCGGCUCAAGCAUAUGCUUCCUCAAGAAGAAGAAACAUCGAGUUAAAGUCAUCGAAUUUUGGAUUGAGGUUGCGCGUGAGUGUGUAAAUAUUGGAAACUUUAAUUCAAUGAUGGGAAUCAUUUCAGGCCUGAAUCUACAACCUGUUUCAAGGCUACGCAAAACAUGGAAUAAAAUACAGCUAGAUAAAUUUGACGUGUUGGGUCACCAGCUGGAUCCUAGCUCUAACUUUGUAUCCUACAGAACUACACUGCAGGCAGCAGUGAAUAGAUCAGAGAAAGCUACAGACAAAAAACAACGAGUUGUGAUACCUUUUUUUAGCCUACUGUUAAAAGACCUGUACUUUGUGAAUGAGGGAUGUGCUUCAAAACUACCUGAUGGACAUAUAAACAUGGAAAAGGCGAGAACCCUGGCGGAACACGUGUCCCAAUUCAUGAAGUGGAAAGACAUGGAAUCUCCUUAUGACAAGAAUACCCGUAUAUUGGACUAUCUAGAGCGCAGCGCAACUUAUUCGAAGGACGGGUUAGAGUUCCAGAGUUAUCUCCUGGAGCCACCGGAGAGUACACAAGAAAAAGAAAUUUACAAAUCUUUGAAACCUAACUUCAAGAAAUCCCUGAAAUGAGUAUAGACAUAUAUAUAUACAUAUAUGAACAAUACAAUACUGUUAAACAUUCGGUGAAUUUAUGUUGCUAAAGAGCUUAGAUUAGUACAAGAUUUUAAUGAAUCUCUAAUGUUAUAUUUUUACUUGUUAUCUCUCCGACCACAAGCCAAACAGUGAUCAGUGUUGAUUAUUUAAACUAAUCAGAAACAAUAUUAUUUUAAUCAAUUUAAACAAUAGAAGCAAAAAUUGUGAUGACUGAGAACAUAUUUCAUCACAUCCUGAGCAGGGAGAUGGUAGAUGAGUUGAACCUGGGGGAGGAGAAGAUGAUUCUUCAGAUGUUUACACAUCUUUGCAACAAUAUUGAUAUCAGGGAUUCCAUUGGUAUUGAAUCUGUUCUUAAAGUUAUCCUGGACAGAGUGGCAUUUUUCCCUGUCCGGCCUGCUGACAUGAAGACUGAACUUGAAAGAGCUGGACUUGAAGAAUCUUUGAGUAGAAAACUAUCUGAAGUCUGGUCCCAGCAUGCCAGACAGGUUGUCAGUUGGAGGAAAAGGGUUGGCUCUGAUAUUAAAGGUGUGAAUUUCCUUGUCUUAAAGGAUGUAGUAUCUGAUGAGGAAAGAAUACAACUCCAGUUGAACCUGUCAACCCCUGGAUCCAGGAUCUUGAACCUAUCCUUCUCCACAGAGACCAUGUUCCAGCUCUACAAUACCCUGGAGACGGUUCAACAGAAACUAGAUCAGCUCUGCUCUUAAUUUCUCAAUUCAAACAAAAUUACCAUAUAAUGAACAGUUCAAUUUAUAUAUCCAAAUGUACCAGAAAUUGUUUUACCAUGAUGACAUAAAGAAAUGUUGAAUAUUAAAUAUUUUAUCAAGCCAGUUUUAUAACAAUACAUCCUGAUCAGUGCACUUCCAUAUGUUUUUAUCAGUAGUUAUUAAGUUAUAAACUUUAUAUGUUUGUUUAUUUUUUUCUAAAUCAUUCGGGAUCAUGUUUUCAAAUAUUUCUUAUUAAUAUUUUUUAAUGAUUUAUGAGGCACUGUUUGUGAAGUUUCUCAAUUUAAAAGGCUUUAACGCUUUCGGAAACCCCGUCAAUAAACACUAACACUAAAAAAUUUAUACUUUGUGU